AUGGAGUCGGUGCAGCAGUCGAUCGUGCCGCUGAGCCCCUUCUCGUGGGUCCCGGAAGAGGAGGCCACCACGCCGGGCUACGCAAACGUUGCUCUCCACGACAUUGCGAGGCUGGAUCUGCGCUUCGAGCUCAUUGUCGAGGAUUUUGCCGUUCCUUUCCGUCACCCGCUCCACCGCAUUUACGCCACCCAUCCACUUCUGCGCAGUGCCUUGUCGCCCCGGCAGCUACAGCUGCUGCAGUACGGCAUGGUGGUGGAUUCAGAGGAGCAGCUCGUGAUCGUGGCAGCGUCGCCCUGCUGCGGCGAUUCGGGGGCCUGCAUCGCCGCUUCGUACCAGCAGGUUUUCGCGCGUGCCAUGGACUCGCCAAGCAGCAUGGAUAAUCACCCGCUUUUGCCGGAGUAUACAUUCGUCGUGUACCGGCUUCCCACUGUCGCAGCCAACGAUCAGGCAUGCAGCAGCGACGUUCCUGAAGCGCUCUUCCGUCUCGUCUUCCGGAAAAUUGUCUCUCAGCAGGAUAUGCAGGACGCCGACAAGGCUUCCGCGUCGAGCUACAUGCUGGUAGGGGUGCUAACGUCGUCGGCCGCCUACUACGCGGAGCUACAGCGUGGCAUUCAGUACCGCAACGAGUGGAUCGCCAACAUGGCGGCCACGCGCGCGUGCGACCCGCCACUUUCCAAGGUCUCAUCCUCCUCGUCGACCCCCACACCCGCGCCAAAGCACAGAAUGGUGCCAGAGACGGUGGCGCGUGAGGUGUGCGCUGCCUCGCCGCUAUCGCAGCUCUGCACGAGCUUGGCCUGCGUACUCAAGCGCUUCAGUCCAGAGGAAACUGGCGUGGACUUCGAAGGCAUCAUCAGUAAGGAUGUGGUGGACGGAGAUGUAGCCGAGGCGGCGACCGGCUCCUUUGCCCAGGGACCUUGCGUGGUGCAGGAAAGGGAUCCGUGGAUGUACUCCUACACGCGAGAAGGGCCCCGCCUACGGAAGCGUAUCGAUCUGGUUACGAGUACCCCUACCAUCUUGCGGGCGUGGCGUGACGGUGCGAUUGAUCUGGCUGAGUUCCAGGUGACGCCUGUGAAGACCGGCGACGUGUGGAGUGGCUCUGUCGAUCCCCACAAGAGCACACACCCGCUCCUCUCACUCACGUCGAAGGCUGCGCCGUGCGCGCGCUUGCUGCUGCUCCCCUCACACCGGGAGGUGUCAACCCUCUUUGCCGACAACGAGAUCACCUCCUUUUUGCCGAAGACUGAGGUGCCCGACGAGGCAGGGGUCAAGCCGUUUGGCGUGGUGUAUGUCAACCCGGGAGCUGAGCGACUGCGCCGGUGGAUCCUGCAGGGACUGGUGUGUGCCGAGGCGCACGGGGUGCACGCAGUGUUCCUAGAGCUGGACCCUGUCGACCUCAUCGCACCGUGCGUCGAGCUGCUCUACGAGGGCAGCGAUGCAGAAAAUCUGGACGGCGUAGAUGGCUGCGUUGACAUCGACAAGGGCUGCACGGAGUCGCAGCUGCGCUACCGGCGCGCGCUUUUCCUGGUGUGCCAGGUGCUCAUGGAGACGGUGGAGCUCUUUGUGCGGUGCAGCGGGAUUGUGUGGAAGGUGACGGUGGCGGUGAAAGAGCUUGGUGGCAAAACGUUCGCGCCUCGGGACAAGAACUCCGAGAACGUCACUGUGCCCAUCGACGCCUCCAAAGCGGCCUUCAGGAACGUUCCUUUCACCGUGUGGUGUGGCGAGAUCCUCGACGUGAUCCGCAAGGCGGCGGUCGCGCUGGAGUCGAAGUCUACACUCAACACGCUAUCCUUUCCAGAUGAUGGUGAGAGUGCCGUGGGAAACGAGGCCGCUGUGGUGGCAGCCGCUGUGGAGGCAGCUCCCCUGAACGGCGCCCAGGCCAACGCUCUGAUGGCGCAGCCGGACUCGUCGACGGCGCUUGUGGCGUAUCCGAAAGUGGGUAUCGAGAGAGCACUGGUGCUCUUUUCGGGGGAAGCAGUGAGGUCAACGGAGCCUGUCGUGCCAUGCAUCGCUGCGCAGGCGAAGGCCGCCGGCGUAAAGGUCAGUGAUGAUGCCAUGUAUCCGCUCUUCAAGGCGCUAUGCGCCGCCGUACGACAGCAGGACAGCCUACCUGUGUCUGCCUUGGUGGAGGUCUUGCUUCAUGAGUGGACCGGUGGCUCUCCGAAGAGUCGUCGUCGCUUACCGUUGCGGCUAAUCUGCCCGCUUGACAGCUGCGGUGUCCCUGUCAACCGCUCUCGAGUGCAGCGCUUUUUGCUCCCCUUCCUGCAGGUGAUGCGGAGUACCGCCGGCGUGAAGGCUGGCACCUCGAUAUGGACAGAGAACCCCGGUGACGCCGGAACCAUGAACUACGCCCAGUUCUCCAUGGUGAUGCUUGCUAUCGCCAAAAUGUAA